GGAUUUGUAGUUCCGUCGUGGCCUUCGGGAGUUGUAGUUCUUUCCCACAAUCUGCCGGGCGAGGCGGCGCCGGCGGACAGAGCAGCCUGGGUGUUCAGGGGCCAAGAUGGCGGCGCGCCGGGGACGGAGAGACAGAAUCGCGCCGCCUGCAAAUGCCGGCUCCGGGCCUGAUCCGGGCGGUGGAGUCCGCGGCAGCGGCUGGGGAAGUCGGAGCCAAGCGUCCUAUGGGACCGUGGGCGCCGUGAGCGGAGGGGAGCAGGCGCUGCUGCGUGAAGAAGGGGAAGACUCUGGCUUUGUCAGUCUGUCUCGCCUGGGCCCAUCUCUGAGAGACAAGGACCUGGAGAUGGAGGAGCUGAUACUGCAGGACGAGACGCUGCUGGGGACCAUGCAGAGCUACAUGGACGCCUCCCUCAUCUCGCUCAUCGAGGAUUUUGGGAGCCUUGGAGAGAGCAGGUUAUCUCUGGAGGACCAGAAUGAAGUAUCGCUGCUCACAGCUCUGACGGAGAUCUUGGACAAUGCAGAUUCUGAGAACCUGUCUCCAUUUGACAGCAUUCCUGACUCGGAGCUACUUGUGUCUCCUCGAGAGGGCUCCUCUCUGCACAAGCUGCUCACUCUUUCUCGAACCCCACCAGAACGUGACUUCAUCACCCCCCUUGACACCUUAGGGCCCGGCACGGGUGGUAGUAAAGUGAGUGGGGUUGAGAUGGCUCUCGCAGAUCCCUCUUGGGAUUUCUCCCCACCUUCCUUCCUGGAGACCUCUUCUCCCAAGGUGCCUAGCUGGAGGUCCUCAAGGUCGAGGCCACGCUGGGGCCAGUCCCCUCCUUCGCAGCAGCGCAGUGACGGUGAAGAAGAGGAAGAGGUGGCUGGCUUCAGCGGCCAGAUGCUUGCUGGGGAGCUUGACAGUUCCUUGAGCGCCAUCCCAGACUUCCCCAUGCACCUGGCCUGCCCACAGGAGGAGGACAAGGCCACAGCAGCAGAGGUGGCCAUGCCAGCAGCUGGUGAUGAGAGCAUCUCCUCUCUGAGUGAGCUGGUGCGGGCCAUGCACCCUUACUGCCUGCCCAACCUCACCCACCUGGCAUCACUCGAGGAUGAGCUUCAGGAACAGCCAGAAGACUUGGCACUGCCUGAGGGUUGUGUGGUGCUGGAGAUUGUGGGCCAGGCGGCCACCGCUGCUGAUGGCCUGCAGAUUCCAGUUGUGGUCCGGCAGGUCCCCACUGGACCCGAGUCUGUGCUCCUAGGUGACCCGCUGCAGCUGCUUAUGCCCACGCUGGAAUCAGAGGCGGAGUCUGCUGUGCCUAAGGUGGCUCCUUGCCCUGAGAAAGAGGAGUUGUUGCUGGAUUCAACUUGCUUAUUGGAUCCCAGAGAGGCCACGGUGUCAGUGGCACCCGGUGGGCCUGAGACCCCACCUCCCAGUGCAGUGCCCGGUUCCCAGAAAGCUCGGAAAGGCAGGAGGAAGAAAAGCAAGGAGCAGGUGGCAGCCGGCGUGGAGGGCUAUGCCAGGAAACUGAGGUCUUCCUCUCGUGGGCAGGCUGCUGUGGCUGCAGAAGUGGUUUCUCAGACUGGCACCUUGAAGAAGCAGCCUCAGGAACAGCUUCAGAGAGAGACUGUGCCUCCCCAGGGGAGGGGGAAGCCUCGGGCUUGGGCUCGGGCCUGGGCAGCUGCCUUGGAGAAGCCUAGCUCUGGAGACCUGGAGGGAAGUGCUGGACAAGGUGGUCUUGCUAAAGAAGGUCCUCUAGACCUCUACUCUAAGCUGGUUGACACGAUCCAUCCCAACCCUGUUCCGACCCAUCUCCCAUUGGUUAACUCUGCUCAAGCUGCUCCCAUGCCAGCUGACGCUAUUGAAGCCAGUCCCAGAGCCGCUGACCCUGCUGUAGCUGACCCUGUACCUGGUGAGCCAGCUUCAGCCAGCUCCGAGCUAGUUGACCCUCUCCCGGCUCACCCAGUGCUGACUGACUCAGUCCUUGCUGACUUGGCAGCAGUUGAUGCCACAGUGGUGGUUCCCAUCUCAGACAACUUGUCACCAGUUGAUACUGUCCUAGCUGACCCAGCGCUAGUUGACUCUGUUCCUAAUGAUGGGGUUCCAGCUGACCCUGUGCUAGUUAAGGCCAGACCAACCGACCCCAGACGUGGUGCAGUGUCAUCAGCCCAAGGGAGUCUAGCUUCCCAGCUCCCCCUUGACUCAGAGACCUUGGACCCCUUAAAGGUUGUCAUCCCUGAAGUCAAGGAGGUUGUAGGUCCUCUGAAGGUGGGAACUGGUACCAGUGCUGCCACCCAGGAAACCAGACCUCGGCCUCUUAGCCUAUCUGAGUACCGGCAACGAAGACAGCAACGGCAGGCAGAGGCAGAAGAGAAAAGUUCCCAGCCCCCAGCUGGGAAGUGGCCCAGCCUCCCAGAGACCCCCACAGGGCUGGCAGACAUCCCUUGUCUUGUCAUCCCACCAGCCCCAGCCAAGAAGACGGCCUUGCAGAGGAUCCCUGAAGCUCCUCUGGAGGCUGGCUUUGUGCCUGCAGGUCCCAGCCCUGCUUCUCCUAGUCCUGAGCCUGCAGGCAGACCUGUGGGUUCAGCUCCCACCCAGCAGGUGCCACCCGAAGAGGUGCCACUGCCAGCGGGACCUUCCCUUCCUAUUGUGCAGUCUGUGUCUCCUGCUGGGCCCGUUCCUCCCACAGUGGCCACUCCUUUGCCUUUCCCCUCAAGUGGCCUGGGCAUGCCCCCUAUGCUGCCCCUUCCUUCAAGUGGGCAAGGGGUCCCCAGUCUUCCCCCACCUCCCUUGCACCCUCCUGGCCUUCCAGUGUCCGUGGGGCCUGUGCCACCUGAUCCCUAUACUCGCUAUGCCCAUGUGCCACCCUGGCCUUGUUAUCCCCCUGUGUCCCCUUCGGGGUACCCUUGCCUGCCUCCCCCUCCCGUGGUGCCCCUAGUGUCUGGUACUCCUGGCGCCUAUGCUGUGCCCCCCACUUGUAAUGUGCCUUGGGUUCCCCCUCCUGCCCCAGUCUCACCCUACAGCUCCAGCUGUACCUUUGGGCCUAUGGGAUGGGGCCCAGGCCCACAGCACCCUCCAUUCUGGCCCGCUGUUCCCCUGCCUCCUUUAGCUCCAGCCUCUGUUGGGAGAGAUGUUCCCCCAUCCACGGUGGAGCCCAGUGUCAUUCCAACUGGCUCUCCAGAAAGUGUACUUCCUGUGCCUGUGGCUCCCUCCCUCAGUCUCGGGCCAGCUGGCCUCAGAGCGCCACAGAUAGAGGCCACCAAGGUCGAAGUCAAGUCAGUGCCUGCGUCUCCCCGAGUGAAACACAAGGUGUCCGUGGUGCAAAGCCCCAGGACCAAGGCCCCGCCAAGUCUGUGUGCCGAAGGUGUGUCCGUGGAGGAGCCUGCAUCAGAGGUGUUAAAGCCCGAGACCCAGGAGAUGAAGCCCAAGGAGAAACCUCUCUGUCCUGCUGUCAGGGCUGUUCCUCAGCUGCCUACUGUGCACCCAGCCCGCCUAAGGAAGCUGUCCUUUCUGCCCGCCCCACAUACGCAGGGUCCUGAGGAUGUAGUGCAGGCUUUCAUCAGUGAGAUCGGAAUUGAGGCAUCAGACUUAUCCAGUCUGCUGGAGCAGUUUGAGAAAUCAGAAGCCAAAAAGGAAUGUCCGCCCCCAGCUCCUGCUGACAGCUCGGCUGUAGUAGGAAACUCAGGCGUUGACACUCCCCAGGAGAAGAGGCCCCUAGACCGGUUACAAGCCCCAGAGCUGGCCAACGUGGCAGGCCUCACCCCUCCAGCCACCCCUCCCCACCAGUUAUGGAAGCCCCUGGCUGCUGUUUCACUGCUGGCCAAAGCCAGAUCUCCUAAGUCCACCGCCCAGGAGGGAACCCUGAAGCCUGAAGGAGUUACAGAGGCCAAACAUCCAGCUGCAGCCUGUCUCCAAGAAGGGGUCCACGGCCCUAGUCCAGUCCAUGUGGGCUCAGGGGACCAUGACUAUUGUGUUCGGAGCAGGACACCCCCCAAAAAGAUGCCUGCCCUAGUCAUCCCAGAGGUGGGCUCCCGAUGGAACGUCAAACGCCAUCAGGAUAUCACCAUCAAACCCGUCUUAUCCCUGGGCCCAGCCGCUCCCCUUCUCCCAUGCACUGCUGCCGCCCAGGAACCACUUGAUCACAGGACUAGCAAUGCGCAGGUGCCUCCUCCCCCAACUCCUUGCCUUGCCCCGUCUGCCUUGCUGUCUCCUGAGGCCUCACCCUGCCGGAAUGACACGAACACUAGGACUCCCCCCGAGCCCUCAGCCAAGCAGCGAUCCAUGCGCUGUUACCGAAAAGCCUGCAGGUCAGCCAGCCCCCCAAGUAGGGGCUGGCAGGGCCGUCGUGGCCACAGCAGCCGGUCUGUCAGCUCUGGGUCCAACCAGACCAGUGAAGCAUCUUCCUCAUCCUCAUCGUCGUCUUCCUCAUCCCGGUCCAGGUCCCGGUCCCUCUCCCCCCCACACAAGAGGUGGCGAAGGUCCAGCUGCAGUUCCUCUGGACGUUCCCGAAGAUGCUCUUCCUCUUCAUCAUCAUCCUCGUCUUCCUCGUCCUCCUCAUCCAGUUCCCGAAGCCGUUCUCGCUCCCCAUCCCCCCGCCGGAGAAGUGACAGGAGGCGGCGGUACAGCUCAUAUCGUGCACACGACCAUUACCAAAGGCAGAGAGUGCUGCAGAAGGAGCGUGCAAUAGAAGAGAGAAGGGUGGUCUUUAUUGGGAAGAUACCUGGCCGAAUGACUCGGUCAGAGUUGAAACAGAGGUUCUCUGUUUUUGGAGAGAUUGAGGAAUGCACCAUCCACUUCCGUGUCCAAGGUGACAACUAUGGUUUCGUCACUUACCGCUAUGCUGAGGAGGCAUUUGCAGCCAUCGAGAGUGGCCACAAGCUGCGGCAGGCAGACGAGCAGCCGUUUGAUCUCUGCUUUGGGGGCCGCAGGCAGUUCUGCAAGAGGAGCUAUUCUGAUCUCGACUCCAACCGGGAAGACUUUGACCCUGCUCCUGUAAAGAGCAAAUUUGACUCUCUUGACUUUGACACAUUGUUGAAACAGGCCCAGAAGAACCUCAGGAGGUAACCCUGGGCUCUUCCCCCCUCCCUUUUUCUUUGGAGGUGUCCAGCCUCCUGUGUCCCCCUCCCCCACUCUGGGGAGAGAGCUGCUAGUGAGAUGACUGUUUUAUAAAGAAAUGGAAAAAAGUGAAAUAAAAAUGUUAAAUCAGA